AGGGCUCUUUCCGGAUCCUGGACCAUGGAAAGUUCCACCAGCUCGCAAAGUCACUCUUCGAGAUACUCUAGGUAUUGAUGCUCUUCCACGGCAGCGUUUUAACAAAACAAAACGAACGCCAUAUGUACUCAAUAUAAUGGUUGUCGGUGAAAGUGGACUUGGCAAAACCACUUUUAUGAAUACACUUUUUAAUACCCCCCUUCGAGAAGAAAUUCUUCCGAGAAAUCCACAAUCCACAAAAACUGUGGAGGUUGCCCCCGUACAUUAUGAAUUGACCGAAGAUGGCGUAAUGCUUAAUCUUACUGUAGUUGAUACGCCUGGAUUUGGUGAUCAACUUAAUAGAGAACACAAUCUCGACCCCAUUGUUGAAUAUAUUGAUAAUCAAUUUGAAGCGUAUCAUGCCGCCGAACGUAGUCCUGAAUUUCGACGGGCUAUUCCAGAUACUCGUAUACAUAUUUUACUGUAUUUCAUUGCUCCCACUGGUCAUGCUCUCAAAGAACUUGAUAUCAAAGCUCUUCAAGUCUUAUCCGCAAAAGUUAAUGUUAUUCCUGUCAUUGCAAAAGCUGACACUUUGACACAAGAUGAAAAAGCGGCGUUCAAGAAAACUAUAUUAAGAGAUAUCGAAGCUAAUAAUAUCAAGAUAUUUCCAACAGCAUACCCAGAUGAUCGGGAGAGUGUUGAGGAUCUUGAGAAAUAUAUUCCAUUUACAGUUAUCGGGAGUGACAAUUUCGUGGAUGUCGAUGGAAAAAAAGUACGCGGAAGAACUUAUCGGUGGGGUGUCGUGGAAGUUGAGAAUGAGAAUCAUUGCGAUUUCGUUCAUCUUCGUGAACUUCUUAUGACUCACGCAUUACACGAUCUUCUUGAAACAAGCCACACUGUUCAUUAUCACAACUAUCGCGCGGAUAAACUUCGCUCAAAUGGUCGUCCAGAAUCAAUUUUAGCCUGCGACGAGUCUUACGAACACAGAAUCGAACGAAGCAAACAAAACAUGGCAGAAGAUAUGGUGAGAAAAGAAGAGGAGAUGCGACAAAACUUUGUAUUGAAAGUAAGAGAGAAAGAAGCCAACUUAAGAGAAAGAGAAGAACAGCUCAAUCAACGCAGACGACAACUUAUGGCAGAAUUGGAAGAGCAACGUUUAGCACUUGCAGCCGAAGAACGUGAGUUCCAAGAAUUGUAUAACCAAAGUCGCGCAGCAAGUAGUGUCUCGAAAGGCAGCAAGAUAUUUGGAAAGAAAAAUUAA